UGAGCUCUGAUCUUUGCCAGAAAUGGAACCAGAAACUCAACGUGAAUUGGAGGAGACAGUGCUGGAGAUUUUAAGAAACGCAGACAUGAACGAGAUGACUGAGUCCAAGGUCAGGACCAUGGCUGCGGAGAAGCUUGGUAUCGAUCUUUCAGGUCCGGCUCCCAAGCGUUUCGUGAGAAAGGUAGUCGAAUCGUUCUUGCUUUCUAAGGAGCAGGACGACCAACAUGCGACAGGCGCUGGAGCCGAUGAAGAAAAAAAGGAGGUUGAAGAAGAAGAAGACGACGACGAAGGUGGUGAGGAAAAGAGGAAACCCACUAUCUCCGCCAAAGAGUACGACGAUGAGGGCGAUCUCAUUAUUUGCAGGCUAUCGAACAAGAGAAGAGUUACGAUUCAGGAUUUUAGAGGGAAGUCUUUGGUGUCGAUAAGAGAAUACUACGAAAAAGACGGAAAGCAGCUUCCUUCCUCCAAAGGAAUAAGUUUGACUGCGGAGCAGUGGUCAGCUUUCAGUAAGGCUGUGCCUGCAGUAGAGGAGGCCAUAAAAAAGAUGGAGUCCAGGUUGAGGUGAUGUUUAGAUUUUGGAGCCUGUAACUAAAGUCCUGAAGUUGUAUUCUAAAAGCCAGUCGACAGCAUGUAGGGUUUUUUGGGGGUUCUCAAUGACUAUCUUGAUGUGGAGGCUAUGAAAAACUACGAUGAUGUUUUAAGUGGAGCAUAUGGAGAUUUGCAACUGUGGAGGAUUUUGUUGUACAAAACAAUACCUUUUGCCUUCGCUUUUAAGUUGGCUUUCUUAUGCUCAA